GGUGUUUUGCGACUUCUCUAAUAGUAUUGUUUUAGUUUAUGAUUUUGUAUGGUGUCAGAUAUUUAGUUUGGGAGCUAGAUCUGCUACAACGGUGAUUGAGCAGAUCGAUGCUGUCAGCCUUAAGACUGAGGUAUGAGUGUUCAUUUCCGUGAAUCGUCUUCUCCGAGCGCAUAUAUACUUCCACUUCCGAGGCUUAAGUCGCGGCGCAGUGUCUUCUAGUCUUCUACAGUUGUCUCUCUCUUCGUUUCGAAGUUCUUGUUUCUGGACUCCUCUGAAGAUAGUAAAGCAGCUGCUUUAGCGAUGGCGAUCAUGGCGAAGAGUUUGGUGGCCUUUGUGGUUGUGUUGGCGAUGGUGUACUGCGCGCAUGCGCAGUGCCCUGCAGUGAACUCGUACAUUUCUUGCAGGCCUGCGGUGACGACUGGCACAGCACCAACCGCGGAUUGCUGCGCACAUAUCCAGACCGUGCUGGCCGGUGCUAACGGUCCCCAGUGCCUGUGUGAUGCCUUGACCAGCAAUCUCGCUAAGUCUAUUGGGGUGAAUUUCGAACUGGCAUCCAAGCUGCCCCAGGAGUGCAGACUCAACUAUAUCCACAACUACAACUGCAAGGGUCACAUUGUCCCUUGAUUGCCAUCUCGACUUCUUAUCAAGACAGUCCUUGCUGGGAUCGGAGCAGCACCCUGCUACAUGAAGUGAAGUCAAAUGGGGGCACUGCUGUAUUCUUCCAUGGCUAAGUGACUAGUCAUUGCACACGGUAGUGUGUGUAAGAAGAGACGUAGUCUUUGCAGUUCAGUUAUGAGAUAAAGCCCCUAGACCGAUGCUUGGAGGCUACUUUUCUUAUUGAACCACUCGUGGUUGACGGAGAAUAAUUCCAUGAGAUUGAAUUUUAAACACCAGCCAAAGCGAUGAAAAACGAAUAAUUAUAUC